GUGCCAGGCCUCUUUAUUUGUCCCCUUACUUGGUUAGCGACAACUUACAGGUUUUACAUUGACAUUCCAGGGGCUGUAGAGCAUCUCUCAUUUCAGGUCUUGUGUUUUAAAACCUAAAAUAUUCCCAAGGCUUAAACUGGCGGAACUGAGGUGCUGGAGCUGCCCCAUCCUGCAGCAGGGCUGGUCUCUCUCCCACCUGCUGCUCCACCACAGGCCAGCUCUGGCUGGGGCCCCAGAGCCCUGCAGCCUCCCUUUUAUGCGUACCUCCUGGAUGCUAGACUGGCACAGUUGGGUGUGAGCUAAGAGCUGAUUUCGUGUUAAAUGAUCCAGUCAGCCAUAGGACUGAAAAAUUGUCCAGUGAAUCUUGUGGGCCUGGCACCCUAAAAGAGGAUAAAAGCCAGGGCUGGAGCAGUUGAGAGACAUCGUUCUAACCUCUGAAGAGAGAAAGGAAAAGUCUGUUCCUGGCGUCUGAAGAAAGAAGGAAAGAAGCAUCCAGCAGCCGACCCCUGAGGGAAGAAGACCUCUGUCAGGCCGGGCCUCUGGUCCUGACUCCCAGGAGUAAGAGCAUCCAGGGAAGGAAGAAGUAGUCGCAGGAUCUGGGGAUCAGCCUUUGUGGGGCACAUUGGACUGACACCCAAGAUUUGGGGCACCAGGUGAAGCAGACCAGAGGACAUUCAGCUCCCGCGGCACGUUCUGAGACUGGAGAGAGUGAUGGAGGCCCAGGCCCUGCUGAUCUUUGCCGAUGUGGCCGUGCGCUUCACCCCGGAGGAGUGGCGGCUCCUGGCCCCUGCGCAGAAGGCCCUGUACCGGGAGGUGAUGCUGGAAAACUACAGCCACCUGGUGUCCGUGGGUUACCGAGCCCGCCCGCCGGAGUGGCUCUGCAGACUGGAAGGAGGCGAGCUGCCAUGGACACCGGAAGUGGAUGUGCCCUGUGAUUCCCUCUCAGAAACCUCGAAAACAGAAGCUUAUUUGCAGGAGCCCUUACAAAAUGAGAGCUUGGAGAGCAGCCUGGGACAGUGCCGUGAACACAUCACAAAGACAGGUACUGCUCAGCCGAGCAUGGAUCUUGCUUUAGGGGAGAAUCCUGGUCUGCUCGGCUCACAUAGAAAAACUGUGAGCUCAGAUUUAACUUCAGUGACUCAGACCAGAAGUGGUGAUGUGAAGAAUGCUGCUGAGCUUACAGGAGAUGGAGGCUCCGUCCUCCAUACUCCCCAGGAACGGCGUCAACCUGAAAUUAAACUCCCUGAAAACUGCAGAGUUAUUUCUAAGUCACAAUUCGUCAAUCCUCAGAAUACUCGAAAAAUCAAGAAACCUCUUGUGUGCAAGGAAUGUGGAAGAGCUUUUUUCAGAGAGUUCCUUUUCACUAUACACCAGAGGACUCAUACCGGGGAGAAACCUUACAAAUGCACUGACUGCGGCAAAGCCUAUAUCAGGAAGUCACUGCUCAGUGCACAUCAGAAAACACACGCAGGAGAGAAGCCUUUUGAAUGCAGUGUUUGUUGGAAAACCUUUGUCUACAAGGGCAGUUACACGGUGCACAUGCGGUCUCAUUCAGGAGCCAAACCUUUUGUAUGUGGUGUUUGUGGGAGGGGCUUCCUCUACAAGGGCAGUUGCAAGGUGCACAUGUGGAGUCACACGGGAGAGAAGCCUUUCCUCUGUGGCUGCUGUGGGAAAGGCUUCAUGUCCAAGGGGAAUUGCAAGGUGCACAUGCGGAUUCAUGCGGGCAAGAAGCCUUUUAUGUGCAGUCAGUGUGGGAAGCGCUUCAUCACGCGGCCAGACCUCAUCGCACAUCAGCAGAAUAAUGGAGGCGAGAAACCACAUAUAUGCAAUGAGUGUGGAAAAACCUUUUGUGUGAAAAAUGACUUCAUUAGCCAUCAAGUCAGUCAUAAAAGCAAAAGACCCUAUACCUGCAGUGAAUGUGGGAAAACGUUCGUUCUCAUGUCUUGGCUUCUGAAGCAUAAGAGAGUGCACACCAGAGAGAAAGGUGGGGAUUCAGCCAAGGUGGACAGUCGCCCCACGACACGACACAGCCCACCCCAGGCCAGUGUGGCCCUGACUAAGAACACCCAUGUUAAUUCCGUCACCAUGCCGGUGUCAUCUGUGAUCCCGGUGACGGUGCCUGUGGCUUCUGUGGCCCCUGGGACAUCAUUUAAUAUCCCUGGGCUCCUGGCAGACAGGAAUGUGGUCCUAGUGGGCCAGCCUGUGGCCAGAGUUGCCCCCGCAGGACUCAACAGCGGGUUUGCUCAGGUCGGAAACCUGAAGAAUGCAGUGAGCGUGGUUGUGCCUUCAGCGAUCAAUUAUGUCUUUCUUUACGUCCCAGGAAGCCAGUAGGCAGGCACUGAGGUCUUUGUGGAAAAGUGUUUACCCCCACCUCUUAGCUCAUGUUCAGUCUCGAAAGUGUUAACUCAGAGAAACGGUUUACAUGCUGCAUCUGGGAAAGCCUGCUCUUCUCAUCUUUGGAAAUAAAUAUGUUGCUGUCCAGGUUACAGUUGACAUUAACCCGAAUGUGCAUCAUUUCCUCCACUGUAUCUGUUAAGUGAAUAAAGGGUCCCUGAGUUCUCUGUUGAAGAAAUCAUUGAGUCAGUUUUAUAAAUCUAUA